AUGAGGAGAUUUCUCCUAAAAAUCGAGCUUUUGGAAAUCAAAAAACUUGGCAGCCCUCAGCCCACAUUCCUCCAUGGCAACAGCUGGCCUUCGCUGAGAAGCAGCCGCCUCGUGAACGGGGCGUGCCCUUUCUGGUUUGCCCGGGUCCGCCCCUGCUCACGAUCUCCCAUCUGCAGGCUCCCUCUGUACACUUCGUUGUGCCUGCACUGCCUCCCUGCUUUAGAUGGUCUGUCUGGCCCCUCUGUGGCCGAGCCUCUUCUCACCCGAUACAUGUGGCGGAUGUGGGCCUGUGGUGGAUUCGCCAUCGUGUUUCUGGUGAGGACAAGCAACGGAAUGAAAUGUGCCUUGAAACGCAUGUUUGUCAACAACGAGCAUGACCUCCAGGUGUGCAAGAGAGAAAUCCAGAUAAUGAGGGACCUGUCGGGGCAUAAGAACAUCGUGGGUUACAUUGACUCCAGUAUCAACAGUGUGAGUAGCGGUGAUGUGUGGGAAGUUCUCAUUCUGAUGGACUUCUGCAGGGGAGGCCAAGUGGUCAACCUGAUGAACCAGCGCCUGCAAACAGGUUUUACAGAAAAUGAAGUACUCCAGAUAUUUUGUGACACCUGUGAAGCUGUCGCCCGCCUGCAUCAGUGCAAAACUCCUAUUAUCCACCGUGACCUGAAGGUUGAGAAUAUUCUCUUGCAUGACCGAGGCCACUAUGUCCUGUGUGACUUUGGAAGUGCUACCAACAAAUUCCAGAAUCCACAGACGGAGGGAGUCAAUGCAGUAGAAGAUGAGAUUAAGAAGUACACAACGCUGUCCUAUCGCGCACCAGAGAUGGUCAACCUGUACAGUGGCAAGGUCAUCACUACGAAGGCAGACAUUUGGGCUCUGGGAUGUUUGUUGUAUAAAUUAUGUUACUUCACUUUGCCAUUUGGGGAGAGUCAAGUGGCAAUUUGUGAUGGAAACUUCACAAUUCCUGAUAACUCUCGAUAUUCCCAAGACAUGCACUGCCUAAUUAGGUAUAUGUUGGAACCAGACCCUGACAAAAGACCGGAUAUUUACCAGGUUUCCUACUUCUCAUUUAAACUACUCAAGAAAGAAUGCCCAAUUCCAAAUGUACAGAACUCUCCCAUUCCUACAAAGCUCCCUGAACCAGUGAAAGCCAGUGAGGCAGCUGCAAAGAAGACCCAGCCAAAGGCCAGACUGACAGAUCCCAUUCCCACUACCGAGACGUCAAUUGCACCCCGCCAGAGGCCUAAAGCUGGGCAGACUCAGCCCAACCCAGGAAUCCUCCCCAUCCAGCCAGCCCUGACCCCUCGGAAGAGGGCCACGGUUCAGCCCCCACCUCAGGCCGCAGUAUCCAGCAAUCAGCCUGGUCUUUUAGCCAGUGUUCCUCAACCAAAAACCCAGCCCCCACCCAGUCAACCCCUACCGCAGUCUCAGCCCAAGCAGCCUCAGGCUCCGCCCACCUCACAGCAGCCGCCUUCCGCGCCGGCCCCGGCUCUGCCCGCCCAGGCCCAGGCCACGCCCCAGCACCAGCAGCAGCUUUUCCUCAAGCAGCAGCCUCCGCAGACAGCGCCGCCGGCGCAGCAGCCAGCGGGCACGUUCUACCAGCAGCCGCAGCAGCAGGCCCAGGCUCCACAGUUUCAGGCAGUACAUCCGGCAGCCCAGCAACCAGUGAUUGCUCAGUUCCCCGUGGUAUCCCAAGGAAGCUCUCAACAGCAGCUGAUACAGAACUUCUACCAGCAGCAGCAGCAGCAGCAACAGCAGCUGGCCACAGCCCUGCAUCAACAACAGUUGCUGACUCAGCAGGCUGCCUUGCAGCAGAAGGCCGCAGUGGCAGCCGUACCACAGCCCCAAGCACAGCCGGCCGCAGCAGCCCCGCCAGCCCCUGCCCAGGAGCCAGCGCAGAUUCAGGCCCCAGUAAGACAACAGCCAAAGGUUCAGACAACCCCACCUCCUACCAUCCAGGGGCAGAAACUCGGAUCUCUCACUCCUCCAUCAUCCCCCAAGGCCCAGCGUGCUGGGCACAGGCGAAUUCUCAGCGACGUGACCCACAGUGCAGUCUUUGGGGUCCCUGCCAGCAAAUCAACCCAGCUGCUCCAAGCAGCUGCAGCUGAGGCCAGUCUCAAUAAGUCCAAGUCUGCAACCACCACUCCUUCAGGCUCCCCUCGGGCCUCCCAGCAAAAUGUUUAUAAUCCUUCAGAAGGUUCUACGUGGAAUCCCUUUGAUGACGACAAUUUCUCCAAACUCACAGCUGAAGAACUGCUAAACAAGGAUUUUGCCAAGCUGGGGGAAGGCAAAUAUCCUGAGAAACUUGGAGACUCUGCUGAGAGUUUGAUCCCAGGCUUUCAACCAACCCAAGGUGAUGCUUUUGCUGCUUCCUCAUUUUCUGCUGGAACUGCUGAAAAAAGGAAGGGUGGGCAGACUGUGGAUUCUAACCUUCCUCUUCUAAGUGUAUCUGAUCCUUUCAUUCCUCUUCAAGUACCUGAUGCACCAGAAAAACUAAUUGAGGGACUCAAAUCUCCUGACACUUCUCUUCUGCUCCCUGACCUCUUGCCUAUGACAGAUCCUUUUGGUAGCACUUCUGAUGCUGUAAUUGAAAAAGCUGACGUUGCUGUUGAGAGUCUGAUACCAGGACUGGAGCCCCCAGUGUCUCAGCGCCUCCCAUCUCAGACGGAAUCUGUGACCUCGAACCGCACAGAUUCUCUCACCGGGGAAGAUUCCCUGAUUGAUUGCUCUCUGCUUUCUAAUCCCACUACUGACCUUCUGGAAGAGUUUGCCCCCAUAGCCAUCUCUGCUCCAGCCCAUAAAGCUGCGGAAGAUAGUAAUCUCAUCUCAGGUUUUGAUGUCCCUGAGAGCUCGGACAAGGUGGCAGAAGAUGAGUUUGACCCUAUUCCUGUAUUGAUAACCAAAAACCCACAAGGUCUCCAGAGAGAGCCAGUUCCCUCUCCUGUAAUAGCUGUAGAGCACUUUAAAGAAUCAACGGGUGUUAAAGGCCUUCCCUUGUACCCGGACCCCUCCCGGGUACCUGGCACGAAAACUCAGAACAGUUUAGAAUCUGACUACUUGGCCCGAGAUGGCCCUUCCAGCAACAGCUCGUUCCACAGCAGUGAAGAGGAGGGGACCGACCUCGAGGGCGACAUGCUGGACUGCAGUGGCUCUCGCCCUCUGCUCCUGGAGUCAGAAGAAGAGGAUGAGAGCGGCAAGCCUCCGCAGGGGAAGCUAGGAGGAGCCACUCCCUUCACUCAGCCAGAGGUGACUCCUGCGCAGGCCAAGGUCUUGCAAGGUGGGAGGAAGAACCAGUUUGGAUCCCUCACUCAGCCAACUGCUGAUGGACUCGGUGAGCCAGAUGUGUUUGCCACUGCCCCCUUCAGGAGCUCACGGGUUCCCGCUGAUGACAUGGACAUUUUUGCCAAAGCCCCCUUUGUCUCCAAGGGCAGCGUGGCCCCUUCCCAGCCAGAGGAGACGGAUGUGUUCUUGAGAGCUCCCUUUACCAAGAAGAAAGGCAUGGAGGAGUCAACAGUUGCCCAGAGCCCCGCCCAGGAGCAGCCCGGUCUCCUGAGUCAGACCGAUGACAUCCCUCUGCUCCCGGGCCUCGAUCGAGCCGUGUACCCGUCCAUCCGAGCUCAGUAUUCCAUGGCUGGCUUUGCCCAGCCGUCUAACCUCCCCUCCCACCCUGUACAAGCAGCAGACCAUCUUGACAGCAUCUCUUCCAGGGGCUCCUCCCUGGAAUCUGGGGCCCAUGCUAAUGACAGAAACAAAGGACCUCAGCCCCAGAAAGAAGCUGUCUCAGGCCCCGUGGCAGGCAAACCAUUCCGCCCCCAGUCUUUAUCCAAAUAUUCCCGUCACUAUAGCCCCGAAGAUGAGCCGAAUCCAGAAGCCCAGCCCAUCGCUGCCUACAAAAUUGUUUCGCAAACCAAUAAGCAGUCAAUAGCUGGCUCCGUUUCCAUCACAUCCCUUUCCUCCAGGACUACGGAGCUGCCAGCUGCUGAUCCUUUUGCUUUAGCUCCCUUUCCUUCGAAAUCAGGCAAACAGAAACCUUAGGAGCCAUGCCUGAGCCUCAGGCCUCUGUCUCUACCCUACCCUCAAUACCCACCACAUCACUCCCAGCUGAGCCUUCCUGAGAAGAUUUAUAUCAAUUAUUCUCUUUCAGUUCCAUGAGUCAGAGCAGAACUUCUUGAGUCAACAAACUCAGUCAAGGUGAUACUUAAUUGAAACUCCUUUAAAUUAUGCUCAUUGCUUUUGUUUAUAUUGAUUUCUGGACUUUCAGUGAGCGUGUCCAUCUUCACCUCCACCCAGAAUUCUGCUUUCUGUUGUUUGCCUAGAAACUGUUUUAAUCUCAAGCCACUUCUCAGUAAAUCCAGAAAUAACUUCCCAAAGGGGCCAUGCUAUUGCCACUUUGAUUCCUGUAGUUCCUGUUCUGAGUCAUGUCUAAUGAGGAAUUAAGAUGAGUUCCUCCCAGACUUGGUUUCAUACUGUUGAAAAGGGUGCAUUUCAGGAAAGAAACACAAGAUAAAAAUUCUGUUCAUCAAAAGGAAGUGUGAUCCCGAAGAUACUAAUCAUUCCUCUAAAACCGGCAAUUCUAGAAGGCUUCUCUGGAUCUGAGCCUGAGUAGGCCACCCUGGUCCUCAUGCAUGAGUGUCGGUGGGUGUGUAACGUGUGUUAGAUCCUUUCCUUUGUAGAAAUGCAAACAGAUGAGAUUUCUGUGCUGGUGUUUGAUGGUGUUGAGCCUUCCCCCACAUGCACACUUUAAAAAUUCAUGUGAGUGCACAGCUGUGUGUGUACACGUCUGUUUGCACAGGAAACAUGCUUCCUUUAGGUAAAUCCUGUCCCACCUUGCAUACCUCCACAGUCACUCAUUUGCUGGUAUUUGUUCGCCUAACCUAAUUUACUUGAACCCUGUUUUUAUUGCAUUCUUUUCUCAUGGCAAAAUUUAAUUUAUUGGAAUGAGUAGGAAAAUCCUGCUGGAAUGGAAUUUUCCAAGUAGAUUAUUUUUUCCUUUAGAAUUUGCUGUUAACAAAUUUCAUUCAUAAAGUCUUGAAAAAUUAACUAUCCUUACACAGUUUCCCCUGAGAACAAUAGAAAAGAACACCUUGUUACAAUUCCAACCACUGGGUUUGGGGUCUAAGUACUUUUAAAAAGUACUCAAGUAAUUUAAAAAAUCUUAGGUCCAAGCACUCCAUGCUGUCGUUACGAAAUUAAUUGAUCAUGAGACUAGGCUACAAACUAGAUUUGCUUUUUGUUUUUCCAUAUACUUGUCCCCUUUGCCCCUUGAAGAAGUAGAAACCUGAGACCUGUAAAUAAGUUUGGGAGAAUGGAAAAGAGCUGAACCAGUCAGCCAUGUGAACCUUCCCAUUCUUUGUCCCCUCGGAUGCUGAAGCAGGUCUUUGUCCCCUCGGAUGCUGAAGCAGGUCAGAUAGGUGCUUUUGAAAUGUCUUCUAUUUCUGGAAAGAUCUGAGUUAUUCUUGACUGUCCACAUGCGCUUUAUUAUCAGUGCCUUAAGUUGAAGCUUACAUCUCAGUGGGAAGAUUUCUGCUGAAGAUGUUCAUGUUUCAACUUGCAAGUUUCCUGUAACUCGUAGUAAAUGUUCAUGAUUUCUCCAUUAGCUGGGGAAGUUAGAAGAGUUGCUCACCAACCAAGAUUAAUGACUUAAGAAUUAUGGGAAAUUCAUCUGAGAAUCAAGCCUGAAUGUCAGACUCGAUUGCCAUUGAUUAAAUGUCAUGUUUUUAAAUUUGAAAUUCUGGGAUCUUGACAGUAAAACAUAAACAGAUACUUCUCAAGACUUUUUCUAGUUUAGUCUCCACCUAUUUCAGCUGUCCAGGUUAAAAAAUAAAUAAUUGGCACUGGAUCAGGGCUCCUAGCAGUGGUUUUUCCAACUGAGGCUUCACAGUGCCAGCCCUUCACUUUUGAGGAUGCUAAAUUGUUCACUGGGCUUUUCUCCCAGUGAUCAUUUCUGAAUAUUCUGUGUAACAGUGGAUGUUGAAUCAUCUUUCCAAUUGAUUGAUUUUGGCUAACGAGUAUGAAAAUUUACACCCCAAAUUCUUACCUUGGUCAUUAUCAGUUAAAGCCUGCAUGAGCAGGAGUGAGAGUUCAGUUCAGUUGCUCAAUCACGUCCAACUCUUUGUGACCCCAUGGACUGCAGCACACCAGGCCUCCC